CCGCCCCGCGCGGCCCCGCCCUUCACAGGUUCAGGCUCAGCGUCCGGCAGCCGCGGGCUUAGUCCGGCUCGCAUCUUCCUACACCGCUGCGGCCGGAGUCUGCCGGGAGCGCAGCGGCGGGGCGGGAGCGGGGGCCGAGCCUGGAGACCCGCGGCCUCGGGCGCCUUUACGCCCACUCGGAGUGGAUAGUGCUGUGAGGUGCCUCGCGGGCCCCCUCGGCUGGAUCUGCGGGUAACGGGCUGGGACUGCGUGUGCCCUCGGGAGGCGUCUGUGCGGGGCGUCCCGCCCAGCGUCAGCGGCUGGGAUCCUCUGGGUUGCCGGUGAGUUGCUGCCUGCCCAGGGCUCCUUCCUCUCUGCCUCUUUCUCCCCGCCGUGGGAUGGGUUGGAUGAUGUAACUGACUCUCCAGGACGCCCCACUUGGCUGUGACUUCAGGAAGGCCUUUUCAACCCAGUCUCAUUUCAGAGCCACUUCUAGAAGCUCCUUGAGAAAAAUGAUGUGACAGAUCCUAUCAGAAAGGAUAUUCGGAGCUUAACAUCAGCGAAGAAAGUGUCCCUUUUCCCUUUUGCAAAGUAGACCUUCUCCAACUCCAAAAUGCCAGCCAAGACCCCAAUUUACCUGAAAGCUGCCAAUAACAAGAAAGGAAAGAAAUUUAAACUGAGGGACAUCCUGUCCCCCGACAUGAUUAGUCCUCCUCUGGGAGACUUUCGCCACACCAUUCACAUCGGCAAAGAGGGCCAGCACGACGUCUUUGGAGAUAUUUCUUUCCUCCAGGGGAACUACGAGCUUUUGCCUGGAAACCAGGAGAAGGCCCUCAUGGGCCAGCUGACCGGGCACGGCGAGUUCUUCCGGGCCAACAGCACGUCCGACUCCAUGUUCACAGAAACGCCCUCCCCGGUGCUCAAAAACGCCAUCUCCCUCCCGACCAUCGGAGGCUCCCAGGCGCUCAUGCUGCCCUUACUGUCACCAGUGACGUUUAAUUCCAAGCAGGAGUCCUUCGGGCCGGCCAAGCUGCCCCGGCUUAGCUGUGAGCCCGUCGUGGAGGAAAAGGCCCCGGAGAAGAGCAGUCUGUUGGAGAACGGGACAGGCCACCAGGGAGACGUGUCGUGGGGCUCCAGCGGGUCCGCGUCGCAGUCCAGCCAGGGCAGGGACAGCCACUCCUCCAGCCUCUCCGAACAGUACCCCGACUGGCCGGCCGAGGACAUGUAUGACCAGCCUGCCCCGUGCGAGCUCGUCAAAGACAAGACUAAAUCAGAGGAGUCCCUCUCCGAUCUCACGGGGUCCCUCCUCUCCCUGCAGCUCGAUCUGGGGCCCUCGUUUUUGGAUGAGGUGCUGAAUGUCAUGGAUAAAAAUAAGUAACAGACACCACCAGCUCUUGUCCUCGGGGGUAAAAGGUAUCAUCAAAAAAUAAGAACUAAACCAACCACAGUCGGAGAGAAGAGCUUCACUGGCUAUGUUUGCCACUGUGUGAUAGGUUUUCUAAAAUAAUGUUCCUACAAAGUAUUUUUUGUACCUGUUAUGCCCUGUUUGCAAAAACAAAACAAUAACAACAAAAACUGUCCUGGCGAAAAGGAAGUGAGUCUGUCAGAACCCAUUUUUUUUCGGUGGGUAUUGCUGACGUUCAGCUCACGUUUUUUUGCUUCCAGACACGUUAAGAAAUCUAGCCCAGCCAAGAUUGGCACUAGCUCGAAGGGCUGCACAAGUCACAUUAAAGAACUUCACAGUACUCUAGCAUUUCCUGGGCAAGAAGAAGUCAAAGUUUAUUUAACACCUAAGCCUUUUUUCUAGACUCUUUUCUAUAUUACAUCAUUUGGGCUCGCCAUAGCAAAUUCUUCAGUGUUAACACUAUUCUCUGUUUUCACAUUUGAACAACUUUAUGGGUUUGGGGGAUUUUCUUGUAGCUCUUAUAUAUCCCUAUAUAUUAUAUCUAUAUCGCGAAAUUUUGACUGUCCGCUACAUGUUGGUAAGACACAAGCAAAGUAUUACUGUAACUAAGUUAUUUUUAAAGUUAAAAUAUAUUUUUAUGUGCCUUUGGCUUUUUAUUGCAGAGUCUACAUUUUAUAGGUAUCACAUCAAAUGUCAUUUGACUUGUUUCCAUUUGGGGUCCCAUUGUAAGCUGCGUAUGUAUAUGUUUGGAAAAGUGUAUUCAUAUUUAGCUUUAUCUCUUUUUCUUCAUCUGUUAAUCAUACUUUUCACAGUAACCAACAAUGGAUUGUAAAGUAUAAAGGCACAGGUUACUCAAGAUGCUUCUGCAGAGACUGUGGGCUACACCAUAUAAUGUUAUUUGGAAAUAUAGGUAUUUUAGUACAGUACAUACUUGCAUUACAUAGGUACUUCAUGCAACACAAUAAAGAGUAAAUGUUAAAAUGAA